AAGCCAAUAAUAGCCCACAAACAAAACAAAGCCGACGAGAAUAACAGUUAUAGUGCAGGAGAAGAGACGACGGAAAGAGAAAGGAAAAGAAGAUAACACGAACCCUAAACUAAAACCUUUAGAAGAAAAAAAUAAGAGGAGCUGUUAGCUGCUCUGCAAAUUAUUCGCUUCUACUGACACUACAUCGACAGAUUCAACAUUUAGAGAUGCUGCAUACUGAUCCAACAAGAAGGUUGUCAUUUACACGGUGCAUCACAGAUGGAGAUUUGGUUAUCGUCUAUGAGAAGCAUGAUACAAUGAAGGCCAUUAAAGUCUGUGAGACUUCAGUCCUCCAAAAUCGUUUUGGUGUAUUUAAACAUUCGGAUUGGAUUGGAAAGCCUUUUGGGUCCAAGGUGUUUAGUAACAAGGGUGGAUUUGUCUAUUUGUUGGCUCCAACUCCUGAAUUAUGGACUCUAGUUUUAAGCCAUAGGACCCAAAUUCUCUAUAUUGCUGAUAUUUCCUUUCUAAUUACAUACCUGGAGAUAGUUCCUGGUUGUUUGGUGCUGGAGUCUGGGACUGGUAGUGGAUCUUUAACAACCUCACUUGCAAGGGCCGUGGCUCCUACAGGACAUGUAUAUACAUUUGAUUUCCAUGAACAAAGGGCUGCCUCAGCAAGAGAAGAUUUUGAAAAGACUGGAGUAAGCAGCUUAGUCACGGUUGGAGUUAGGGACAUUCAGGGUGAAGGAUUUCCAGAUGAAUACUCAGGGCUGGUUGAUUCUGUAUUUCUGGAUCUGCCCCAACCAUGGCUAGCCAUUCCUUCAGCUGCAAAAAUGUUGAAACAAGAUGGAGUCUUGUGUUCCUUUUCACCAUGCAUUGAGCAAGUGCAACGCUCCUGUGAGACUCUUAGAUCUAAUUUUACAGACAUAAGGACUUUUGAAGUGCUACUUCGAACAUAUGAAGUUCGCGAGGUGAAGAUGGAUUGUGGCCAGGGUGAAGAAGGCAUUUCUCUUGGGUCCCCUCCUUAUAAAAGAAGGCAGCGUUCAAGCGAAGGAAGUAAUGUGCAGAACAGCUCCAGUUCUCCUGUAAUCAUGGCUAGGCCAUGUGGUGAUUCUAGGGGUCACACUGGUUAUUUGACAUUUGCAAGACUCAAAUGUCUAUCGUGAAGAAUGUGAUUAGUCACCCACCCAUUCUGCAAGUUAUAAGAGUUCUGUGAUCAUAUUUGGUUCUGUGCGGAAUCUUUCCAUCCAUCGCCUUGGAAUAAAAUUUUGAUCGGUAUGGCAUUUGGUGUAGAUUCUCUAUUUCCUUAUUUCUUAUGAAGAAGCAAGUGCGUUGAUCUAAAUUAAAGAUAUCUUAAGAUUUCUAUCACUGCUUGAUGAUUGCCUAGCCCAGGAAUUUUAGGAAGGAUGAUAAUCUUUUUCCCUCCGAAUUUGCUGUCAUUUCUGGGAUCAAAUGCCGGCCAUGACUUGGAUUCAAGCUAUAAAUGGUGUGAUUAGAGCCAGAUGAGAAUGUUUACAAGUCCAAAUUUGUUGGAACAACAAUUUUGGAAAUUCAUUCAAGUUGGAAGGUAUUUCAACUUAGUAAAACAUUGAAUACAGAUUUUCUGAUUCUAUUUGUUUACUAUCAAACUAAAACAAGUGGUGGCUCCUGCUAUUUGGA